UGUUUGCUAGAAUUAGGUCAGGAACAAGAUUCAAUUUCUGAAUUGUAAAAAAAGCAGGUAUCCAGUUGACUGGAAGGGAUAUUUAUUUGCAUUAAUAUUUUUUCUGAACUAGUAAAAAAGUUAUCUCGCUAUUCUCUUUAAUAUUUUUGAAUUUUUGACCUACAAUUUACUGUCAAUCUUGAAUUGAAAUUCAACCUUGGAAAGUAAACUUGAGUGUUUCCAAUGGACAGUACUUCAUCAGAAAGAGCUGUUGAGUCUUUGGAAGGGAUUCGACAAAGAACUACACAAAUCGUUCACUCUCUAAGUCAUUUCCUAGCAAUUUUACACCAGACGGAACAGCUCGCUCCAUGGCCGACAAUUCAUAAGAACUUCAAUAUUCUAUUAUCGCAAAUCCAUUCUUUAAGCAAUACUCUAGCUAUCCAUUUUCAAAGCUUACGAACUACAAAUAUCUUUCCUUCUGAGGAAUUUCCAGUCCGUGAACAAGAACCGCUUCUUACAACUUUACUGCGAACCCGGCCUCUUCCAGUCGUUGAAGAAUGGGAGAGCGCAACCUUAGAGGAGUAUGAAAAUGAUCCGUCUCUGAAAUCCAAGAGCCAAAAAAAACCUCUUCCUCAAGACGUCUUAUGGGAAGAAGCAAGAGAUUUGUUAAUGCAAGAGCGUGAACGGUAUAAUUGGACCGGAUAUGUGACUCGCCAGGAAGAGCUGCGCGGCGAAAUAAUCAACCAAAAAGAAUUAGAAGAAGAGAGAGCUUUCGAAGAACAAAAUGCACAACAAACAUUAACGAAAAUACUUGGAUUUAUGAAAUCAGGACGAGGGUAAUUCAUGGUUUUCUAAGUUCGGUAGAAAUGAAGGAUUAGAUAUCGCAACACCAUUUUGUUCAAUACGUGCGAUCCUCCUUAAUGCUCGAAGCUGAAGUCCUUUAGCCCCUGUCAAAACGGCUAUUUCAUAUAUAGUUUUUACGUUGUUUCGAUUCAGUGUGUUGUGCAAAAGAUGCACGAUAUAUUGAAAAAAUGUCUCCAUCCCUUCAUCGUGUUUGGCAAGGAUUAAUAAAUUACAUAAUGUUUUCGUGGACAAGUAAGCUUCGUUUAUUUUUCCACAAUACAGGUAGUACAGAAAAGCAGUGCACGUUUCAAAGUUGAAAGGCAUAUACAGCAUUCGACUACCUGUACUGUUUAUAGGUGUAAAAGGUAGCUCGGCUACUUGAGGUCCGAGCUCGGAAAGGCUCAUUCGAAAGGCGUCUUGAUUACUUUCGGCAGUCUGAUCUAACAGUUUUUGAAAUUUCGGCCACCGUUUAUACAAGAUUUUGGAGAGGCAAGGAAUAUGAUUCCGUUCUACUGUUAGAAUUUCCAUAUCGCUUACUCCACUCAAUAGUAGCUUCCCUAAUUUUUCGCUUCUUUCUGAAUAGUGUGGAAUCUUUGGUUUUCGAUAAACCCCAUAGGCUUCAAGCUCAAUAUAGACCACAUUGUCAUAGUUUGACUGUCGAACAUUAUAAUCUUGUAUAAGUCGUCUCGUCUGAUUCCCAAAAAUAACAAGUUGAUUGCUCUGAGGCAUACAUAAGCAUUUGAACCAUGAGCCGUGAUUUAAUAGACCUAAGGUAUCUAACUGAAUCCAGUUUUCACGGUCCAGCGAAUAUACCCAUAAAACAAAUGCCUGACGAGAGCUAGUGAGGUAUAUUCCCGAAAGAAUCAAAUUAUUUCCGACCAUGUAAACGCGUGGAAAUCGAAGUCCUGGAGGCAUGGACGUACCAACAAAUUUUUCGGUUACGUUUACUUCCUCAAAGUAUAGACUAGAGUGAUAUCCUUUGUGUUCAUCUGUUUCCUCUCUGUUUCCUUCGGUAUCAGAUACUUUGUACAGUUUUAAUAGAAUAAGUUCACGUUUAACAUCGACAAAAUUUGAAUUGAGAUAAAAUAGGAGCGAACCAACAAAUUGGUCCUGACGCUCCGUUGUGUCUUUGAUAGAGCCUUUGCCUUCAGGAGAACAAUAUCGGAAGAAUUCACUUUCACAAUGUAAGGAUGUACAGUUUGAUCUAUAGACACCACAGUGAUAUGCAAAUGGAGAAGAAUGGACCCAUUUCUCCCUUUUCAAAUCAAAUGCAUUGAUUUGUUCGAUAUAAUUGUUUGAAAGAUCUUGCCCACAGUACACAAUCAUGUAAUCUCCCAAAACACAGUACAAGUGGCCGUACCUUGGUAAAGGUUGACACGUAGAAGCUUCAGCAUCUUCCAUAUUUUCAGAUUCAUUUGUUUCAGAUGGAACAACUCUCCAUGUUUUAGUUUCCAAAUUAAAAAUCUCCGUUGAACUCAAACCACAUAAUGAAUUGUUCUCUUCAUCAAGUCCAAUCCCGCCAAAAAAGACAAGAUUUUCAUUCCAAUAAACUCCAGAGUGGAAAUAGCGAGGAGUCGGUUUCAAAGAUCCUUGAUUUUCGACCAGUUUCCAAGAGCCCGUUUCCAAAUCCACGAAGUACAAAUCGUUUACGGGGAUGCCAUCUUCAGCAUCACGACCACCAAAUAGGUAAGCAUGAUUACCAACUUGUACUACGGACUCCCCGAUAACUGGUUUUGGAAAUGUUCCUGUACUUGUUAAGAGCGAAGAAGUGAAUACAUUAACCGUAUUUUUUAAUGUCGCAUUUGAAGCUGUAUGAGGCAUCUCAGAUGGAUAAAAUACAAUAUUUAAAAUAUUUUAGCAAUAACCUUGAGUAUAAGCUAGAGAUUCCGAAUCAGCGCUUUCAACGGCAAUUGAGUUUGUGCAUCAGUUAUUACUAUACCAAAUCAAGAGAAUGUAUAAUUUAUUUACAAAAAGUUAAGAAUAGUCUCCAAAAAAAAUGGUUCUUUGUCGAAAUUUGUUAAUAGAGUACUGAGCGCUUUAGUGAAGAAAAAUGAAGUCAGCAAGCACA